UGCAAGUGCGUCCGUGCUGCACGCGUCGAGGAGGUGCGAAACCUCAGGCAGCGGCCAUCUGGUCAGGGAGAACAGCACAGUGUGAGCUUCAGAUCUCCGCGUCAUAGUACAUAGCAAAAGGAGCGUGUGAGGAUGGCGCAGAGCAUCCGUGAGGAGACUGCCAAGCGGCUGCUGGGCGGGUUGAGCCGCCCCUGUGUGUCGAUAAGUGGUUCGACUGACCUGGAGAGCCUGCCCGACAGCUACCCCUGGCUGCUCACCAGCUCGCUCGUCGUCAAGCCAGACGUCCUGCUCAAGCGGAGAGGCAAGAGCGGCCUCGUCAAACUCAACGUCAAGUGGAACGAGGCACGGGACUGGCUCGCGCAGGCCAUCGGCAAAGGUACGCCUUUUGGGGCCAGUCGGGCGGCCGGAAUGGCGUGUGACAAUGGUUCCUUCCUGAUGCUGUGUGUGUAUUGCUUUAUGUUGUGUGUGUGUGUGUGCAGAGUUGACGAUAGAGGGAUUGAGCGGCGAGUUGUCUCACUUCAUCGUGGAGGAGUUCUUUCCGCAUGACGACGCCACCAACGAGUUCUACAUCGCCAUCCGCACCCUGCAGGAGGGCGACGAGAUCCUCUUCUCCCACAGAGGCGGCAUUCACGUCGGCGACGUCGAACAACACGCCAGGAAGCUGCUCGUCGAGAUCAACGAGGACGGAGACGUCCCAGACAUACCAUUCGGCAGCCUCUUCGACGAUGUCAAGGUCAGUGACCCUUUCUCUUUGCACGUGUGUUCCCAACCACCAUCUGCCUCUCUCUUUGUGUGUGUGUGUGUCAGGACGCUUUGGCCCAGGAGGCGCUUCCACGGUUCGUGCAGUCGCUGUACUCGCGUUUCUGCGACCUGCACUUCGCCUUCCUGGAGAUCAACCCCUUCUGCUUCGACGCCGCCACGUCGUCGUUCGUCAUCCUCGACGCAGCGGCCAAACUGGACCACACGGCCGACUUCAUCUGCGAGGACAAGUGGGGACACGUCGAGUUCCCCUCACCCUUCGGCAGAAAAUUCACAGACGCCGAGAGAUACAUCCGGUGGGUCGGGAGCGCCGUGGGCAGGGCAGAGAGAGGGGCAGAUAGAUAAAGGAAAGGUGCACUACACUACACUACACACUCAUACGUACGUGUGGAUAUAUGGGACUGAUGUGGUUCGUUCAUGAUUGGUUCAUUCAGUGAGUUGGACUCCAAGACGGGUGCGAGUUUGAAGCUGACGAUCCUGAACCCCAAGGGCCGCAUCUGGACGAUGAUAGCGGGCGGCGGUGCGUCGGUCGUCUACUCAGACACGAUAUGCGACCUGGGCCAGGCGCACGAGCUCGCCAACUACGGAGAGUACUCGGGCGCCCCUACCGAGGUCACCACCUACGAGUACGCCAAGACGCUCCUCGGCCUGGUGACCGCAGAGGACACCUUCAGACCAGAGGGCAAGAUACUGCUCAUCGGCGGCGGCAUCGCCAACUUCACUUCCGUCGCAGCCACAUUCACAGGUGGGAGCGGUGCGGUGGAGUGGGCUGAGGUUGCGUCUGAUCUCACGUGCUCUGUCUCUCUGUGUGUGUGUGUGUGUGUGUCGGUGGUACGUACAGGCAUCAUUCGAGCGAUCCGCGAGAUGCAGCAGAGGAUCCGGGAGUACAAGGUGCGGAUCUACGUGCGUCGCGGCGGCCCCAACUACCAGGACGGGCUGAAGCUCAUGCGCGAGCUAGGCGCCGAGACGGGCCUGCCCAUCAAGGUAUACGGGCCCGAGACAUACAUGACCGCCAUCAUCCCCAUCGCACUCGACGAGGACAAAGGCAUCUGUAAGCCACCCGACACACAUGGGAGGGAGGGGGGGAGGGGGAGGGAGGGAGGGAGAAAGGGAGCGGCGUGCAUUAUUCUGUGUCUGGUGGUGGUCGGUGUGUCGAUGUGUGUGUCAGCGUCAGGCGCAUCGACGAUUCAGUCGAGCAUGCGCGUGUCGACGUGGCAUGAGAUGCGGGUGGGGAAAGACAGAAACGUCGCACGAGUGACGAGCCGCCGAGAUGGGCAUUCUAUGUUGUGUUUGGUACGUGCGUGUGUGCAGAUGGAGGACGUUGAGCAUGACGAUCAGUUCCAGACAGCCGACAUCUCUGCCACCACACCCAAGAAGAGAGUGAGUGAGAUAGAUUGACAAAAUCACACAGACAGCAACAAAUUGCAUACAUGUGUGUGCCCCCCAUGGCCGUGUGCGGCGCGGUGCGGUGCCAACCAGACCUUCGCCGAGGCCAACGGCACUGCGCCUGCCAGCGAGAAGCGCCGCGUGCUCUUCACCGACAAGACCAGAUGCUUUGUCUGGGGCCUGCAGGUACACACACACACACACACAGAGACAGAGAGAGAGAGUGCUGUCUUAUUGCGUUGCCUCUGUGUGUGCAGGAGCGUGCUGUGCAGGAGAUGAUGGAUUUCGACCACGUGUGCAACCGGGACAAGCCGUCUGUUGCGGCCAUCAUCUACGAGUUCUCGGUGCCCCACCUGCGGCCCUUCUACUUCGGAACCGACGAGAUAUUCAUCCCCGUCGUCCAGACACUCAAAGACGUAAGCAAGGGCACACAUUGACGGUUAUGCAGUUGAUGGAUGACCUCAAGCACGUGCCGUCCACAUGUGUGUGUGUGGUUUGUGUGGUUUGCAGGCGACGGAGAAGUUCCCCGAGGUGGAUACGCUCAUCAAUUUUGCGUCCAUGAGAUCCGCAGACAAGGUAAGGUGGGUGACCAGCAUUCGGUCACUCAUUGCUGAGUGAGAAGCACAGUGUGUCGUCGUUUCGCUCACACACGUGCCCGUCUGUGCUGUCUCUGCUGUCUCUCUGUCUGUCCUAGGUGACCCGCCUUGCAAUGGAUUUCCCCCAGGUCAAGACCAUCGCCAUCAUCGCCGAGGGCGUGCCCGAGAGGAAAACCCGCGAGCUACUCGUCACCGCCAGAAGAAGGGUAGCAACACAACCACAACACACCACACGAAACACCCACGCAGUGGAUGACGCUCCCUUGGUCCCUCCCUCCCUCCUUGUUUUUGUGUGUGUGUAUAUAUUUAGAACAUCACGAUAAUCGGUCCUGCGACUGUGGGUGGGAUCAAGCCGGGUUGUUUCCGCAUCGGCAACACGGGCGGGAUGCUCGAGAACAUCAUGAACUCGAAGCUGUACCGCCCGGGCAGCGUGGCGUUUGUGACCAAGAGCGGCGGCAUGCUCAACGAGAUGAACAACAUUCUCCGCAUCAAGGCGGACGGCUGCUACGAGGGGGUCGCCAUCGGGGGCGACAGAUUCCCUGGUAUACACAACACACAGCACAGAGACUCACCCAUCGCCGACCACCCAUGUCUGUCUGUCUGUCUGUCAAUUGGCUGAUUUCGUGAUUGGUUGCACUGCAGGGACCACGAUGAUGGAUCAUCUGCUGCGAUACGAGCAGGACCCUGGCGUCAAGGUCAUGCUGCUGCUGGGCGAGGUCGGCGGCACCAUCGAGUACGAAGUCGUCAGAGCCAUCAAGGAAGGAACCAUCACCAAACCGGUACGUACGUCUGCUGCACUGAAUCGACCGACACAUACAUGCGCCAAAGGGAGUGGAGCAUGACUGCACUGCACUGCAUGUCGUGCAGCUAGUGGCGUGGUGUGUGGGCACGUGUGCGCCCCUCUUCUCGACUGAGGUGUCGUUCGGACACGCCGGCGCAUGGGCAGGCACCGACUCCGAGCAGGCCGCUGCAAAGAACAAGGCACUCAGGUGAGGUGGGAAUAUGGGGUGGGUUGGGACCGUCCCAAAUACACGGACGCAUAGAUAGAAGGAAGCACCCAUGGGUGUGUGUGUGCAGGGAUGCGGGUGCAUACGUGCCGAAUUCCUUCCAGGACCUUGGUGAGGUCAUCAAGGACGUCUACGACACCCUCAUCGAGAAGGGCCUCAUCACCAGAAUGGUCGAACCUGCCUUGCCACGAGUGCCCAUGGGUAAAACCGGUGCACGUGGGCCCUCCCUCCCUCCCUCCCUCCCUCCGCAUCAAUGCAAUACGCUUCUUCUAUCCGAUUGUCAGACUACGCCUGGGCUAAGAAACUUGGUCUGGUCCGCAAACCAAAGGGCUUCGUCUCGACCAUAUCUGACGACCGGUACGGUCGGUAUGCCCACAAUGAAUGUCACAGCUCUUUCUACCAAAAUGUGCAGUGCACCCUUCGCUCACGGGGUGAUGUGGGAUGUGGGAUGUGGUGUGCGGUGUGUGUAUAGUGGCGAGGAGCUGGUGUACGCUGGCUGGCCGAUUUCGAAGGUGAUGCAGGGCAACAUGGGUGUCGGGGGCGUGCUGUCGCUCCUGUGGUUCAAGAGACCUCUCCCAGAUUACUGCUACCGGUAGGUAAAAGUGCUCACACACACACAGCCUGCCAGCCACACAGCCUCUGAGCGCUCUGUGUGUGCUUUGCUCACGUGUAGGUAUCUUGAGAUGGUGCUCAUGCUGACGGCCGACCACGGACCCGCCGUCUGCGGCGCACACAACACGGUAAACACGGUCUGCAUCCACACCAGACAGACAGACAGACAGACAAGUGCUGAGUGUCGUGCGCUCGUGUGGCGUCAGAUUGUGACUGCUCGUGCGGGCAAGGACCUGAUCUCCAGCCUCAUAUCAGGCCUCUGCACCAUCGGCGACAGGUGUGUGUGUGUGUGUGUGGACGGACACAUGGUGCGUGCGGUUGGUUGAUCAUCGGUCGGUCGGUUGUCGGAUCCCUCUCUCCUCUCAGGUUCGGCGGUGCGUGCGACCAGGCCGCCUGUCAGUUCCUCAAGGCCUAUGACGACAAACAGACCCCCGAGGAGUUCGUCAAGUCCAUGGCGUCGCAGAAGAAACUCAUCAUGGUCUGUCUCACAGCAAUCUUGACAGACACAAAGGGACACGAUCAGCGAGAAAGACAGAGCUUCAAAUUGUUCAUGUGUUGUGUUGUGUUGUGUGUGUGCGUCAGGGCAUCGGUCACAAGAUCAAGUCGGUGCACAAUCCCGAUAUGCGUGUGCAGCUGCUCAAGACCUUCUGCAAGACCAACUUUUCCCGACCGGCCCUCAUCGGAUUCGCCGAAGAUGUCGAAAGAGUCACCACCAAGAAGAAAGGUACGGUGCGUGCGUCAGUGAGUGACUGACACAACUGAAUGAACAGCACACGCAAUCAGACUGAUGGUUGAUGGGCGGGCGAGUGGCACACACGCAAAGGGAGCCUCUCUCUGUGUGUGUGUGUGUGUGGAUGUGUGAUCAGACACGUUGAUUCUGAACGUUGACGGCCUGAUUGGAGUGUCCAUGGUUGACAUGCUCUUCGGCUGCGGGGCAUUCUCCGAGACGGAGGCCAGAGACUACAUAUCGGUGCACACACACACACACACACACUCACUCAGAGAGAGAGAGAGAGAGGGAGAGAGACGAAAUUCCCUCGUGUGCACCUCUGUCUGUCCGUCUGGCUGAGUGUCUCUGUGUGUCUGUCUGCGUGUCUCUGUGUGUGUGCAGGUGGGUUGCAUCAACGGUCUGUUCGUGCUCGGCAGGUCGAUCGGCUUCAUUGGCCACUACCUCGACCAAAAGCGACUCAAACAGGUGCACAUACACACAUACACACAGACACAUAUACACAGUCAUACAAGAGAGCACACCCUCACGCUUCGUUGUGUAUGUGUGUGUGUGUGUGUGUGUGUUGCCCCAACCAACCAACCGACCAACCGACUGGCCAGGGUCUGUAUCGCCAUGACGUCGACGACAUCGCCUACGUCCUGCCGGACCUUUCCACCUCACACCACUGACUCACUCACUCCCACAUCCAUCCAUCCACCCGUCCCCCUCAUGCAACGCAG